UUUAUGGAAAAAGGAUGUGACGUAGGACGCAGUCUGUGUAGCAGAAGUUUGAACCGUUUAGAUCUGCAGAAGCUGGACAUUAUGAACAAACAAGAAGAGACAUGGGAGAAACUGGACUCAGAGUUUGACCAUCACCUGGUUGACAUGAAACCAUAUGUCCUAAAACUCCCCCACAAGACAGAGCGCCAGCUGUGUGCCCUGUGGAUCAAGAAGCUGUGUGACCCAGGUGUAUCCGGCUCGGGCCUGAUGGGACGCAAGAACCGCAACAUGUACGCCCGCCUGCUCCUGCACAUGCUCAGAAGAGGGGUCCUGGAGGGCCCUUUCAGCCACAAGCCAGAGUCAGGCAGUCUCAAGACUCUACCAACAUAUAUGUCCAUCUACUUUGACGAGCCUCUAUGUGGCCAGGGCCUGGAGCAGAGCACUGCAGGCCUGCCUGACUGGGUAACGGGAGAGCUGGGCCAGGGUGACGACUCCUGGGACAGCCUGCUCAGAGAGAGGGCCAGGUCCUCUCCCACAGCCUACUCUAACACACACAGGAGAAGACGGCUAUAUGAGGAGAUGUCUCCAUCUCGGCCCCUGGCCUCCAGCCCAGUGAAACGCUCUUCUGAAGACCACAACAAAGGGGUGGAUGGCCACAGGAAGCCAGUGGUGCCGUCUCCUGACGACAGUGAACUGGAAACUCGCCUCAACAGCUGGAACCUGGGGAUUGAGAACCCCAGGUAUUUGAGAGAGAACCCUAUCCCCUUGUCUCCGAUAUUCCUCAAAUCCAGCCUGAAGAACAGCACCGGGACUGAUGAGCAGACCCCAGUAGCAAGACAGGAGAAAGAGGUGGGCACUAGAACACCCACCUAACCAUAGACAGCCAUCUAAUAACCAUCAACCAUUCCAGAAAGCAAUACCUGUUGAGUACCUCAAUCAAUACUGAGGUAGAGUACCUUAUGAUAAGCUGUAGACAACACUCUUUACCAAGAGAGUUUCAAUCUAUAUUUUCCAUAGUAGUCUAUUUACCACCACAAACCGAUG